AUGAACAAUGAAUUUGAAACAAGUAUGAAGAAUAAAGUUCGAGAGAAACAUACAAUUUUCACAAGUAAUACAUCAUCAUUACCAAUUAUUGAUAUUGCUAAAGAUGUUCAACGAAAAGAUAAAUUUGGUGGUUUACAUUUCUUUAAUCCUGUACCUGUUAUGAAAUCACUUGAAGUAAUUCGUAUAUCAGCAACAAGUGAUGAAAUAUUUCAAACAUUAUUAACUUUUGGUAAAGCAUUAGGAAAAACAACAGUAUCAUGCAAGAUUAUUGAUACAGCUAUGAAACUAGGUGCUGGUUAUCCAAUGGGACCCAUUGAAUUAUUAGAUUGUGUAGGUUUAGAUACAUCAAAAUAUAUUGUUGAUGAAUGGAAAAAAUGUUAUCCUAAUGAAACAUCAUUUAAAACAAGUGAAUUAUUAAAUAAAAUUGAUAGUGAAGGUAAAUUAGGCAAGAAAACUGGUGCUGAUUUUUAUAAUUAUAAAAAAUAA